CCUGGCAUCUCAGACCUCCCUCCACCCCCAUCUCUUCACAGGACUGCCAACCCGUCUAGAGUUAUUCCAGGAAUGUGUUGAACAUGGCUGCCGGGAUGAAAGCGCAGAAAACGGGACUGUUGGAACUUCGGCUCACAGUGGAUCGCUGGAUCCGUGUGCUUGCCUCUCUCACCGAGGACACAUUGACCGUUAGCCCGGGAGAAAUCACUGCUGAAUCCACAAACCCCAACUCGAAUCCAGCCGGAGCAAUCAAUGGGGACCCAGCGAACCUGAGUUCCAGUUCUCCAAUCCCCGAAACGAUCACCAACGUCAAGCGCACGGUGCGAGUUACUAAGCAAGAUGUUGGAGGACUUGGUAUCAGUAUUAAAGGGGGCAAGGAGAACAAAAUGCCCAUUCUCAUCUCCAAGAUUUUCAAGGGGCUGGCAGCGGACCAGACCGAGGCGCUCUACGUGGGUGACGCAAUCCUCUCGGUCAACGGCUGCGACCUGCGGGAAGCAACGCACGACGAGGCCGUCCAGGCCCUGAAGAAGACCGGCAAAGAGGUCGUCCUGGAAGUGAAAUACAUUAAGGAGAUGUCCGCCUACUUUAAGAACGCCUCCCCAGGGGGCGCUGCCCCGUGGGAGUCUGCAGCAGCCUCGCCCCAGAAACAGGGCCCCUUCAGCUCGCCCCCGGGGCUGCAGGAGCCCCGAACCAUCCCUCUGAAAGUGUGCCAGGUCACCAGGAAGCAGUGCCCCCCAGAUACUGAAAACAGGUACUUUGAGGUGAUUUCAGCGGACAGGAAGUCCUGCGUGUUCCUCCGGGCGAAGGACCCCGCCAUGGCGCUCUCCUGGUACGAUGCCAUCCAAUCAGGGGCUGCGGCUCUUCUGCCCAAAGUCAGAGAGGACAUGAAAAGUCUACAGGAUGGGAAGGAGGUGAAACAUGUGGGCUGGCUCUCCGAACAGCCUCAGCAGGGCCCGGAGAAGCCGGUCCUGGCCGUACUGACCGAGAAGGACCUGGUCCUCUAUCCCGCGCUGCCGGACAACAAAGAGGCCCUCGGCAGUGCUGAGCAGAGCCACCCACUCAUCGCGACCAGGUUAGUUCACUCAGGCCCAGGGAAGUGCUCUCCCCAGCAGGAAGUGGAGCUGUCGUUCGCGCUCCGCACAGGGACCAGGCAGGGGGUGGAGACCCACGUGUACCGCGUGGACUCGGCCAAAGACCUCUCCACCUGGACCCACAUGUUGAUAGAAGGCUGUCACAAUGCUGCAGAGCUCAUACAAGAGGUCACCACAGCCUGCGUUUGGGACGGGAAGGAGUGCACCCUGGGAGUCCACAUCGACGAGGGCUUCACCAUCUUCACCGAGGAGGCCGGGGCCAAGAAGACGGUCCUGCUCCAGAGGCCCUUCGACAAGCUGCGCAUGUCGUCCGACGACGGCGUCCGCAUGAUGUACCUGGACUUCGGCGGCCCCGAGGCCGAGAUUCAACUGGAUCUGCACUCCUGCCCCAAAACCAUCGUGUUCAUCAUCCACUCUUUCCUGUCGGCCAAGGUGAAACGCCUGGGCCUGUUGGCAUGACGACGACAGGUGUCAGCCGCAGAGCCCGGGAGGUCGGUGGGGAGGGGUGCGGGAGUAGGGGGGAGAUGACAGUGGUAAACAGAAUCGGCAGGUCAGAACUCAGUGUUGGGGCCUGGGGGAAGAGCUUUGACGACACAGAGGAAUCCUCCCAGUCUGAAGAGAAACGGAAACGUACUGUCCGAGGCGCCUCCUUCAUCGAGGGGCCUGCCUCAAGAAGAAACACUGGAAUAAAAAGGAACUACCAAUUGUUAUUUGCAUUGUCAACUUGAUUUUUGAGGUACCAAACGAUAUCAUUUCAUUGUAACUUUCCUCACCCCCCCCCACUCCUCCAAGUGUGUAUAUUGAACAUCUGCAUCAGCGUAUCCUUCAAAGUACAGUAAAUACACUACUCUGCCUAUUCCAUCCCGGACAUUAUAGAUGUACCUGAUUGAGAGCUAUCUUAUAUGCCUCCACUCUCCGUGUUGUGGAACAUGACGUGACUCCCAUUCAGUCUCCGAGGUUGGGUAGAUUCUUGUGUUUUUAACACAAACACGUGUACACACACAAAUAUACCGCGUUGCUCCAUCGUCCGUGACCUUCCUCACAUUUUCAUACUCUUUUUCGAGCAAGCCAAAUACAUAUACAUUUAAUCUGCUCUCCCUGCAGAUUUCACAUGGCAGCAAUCUAUUUACCCUGGUCAUUUGCCUUGCCUUACUCUUUGCGCCUUUUAAUAAAAUGUGUGAAUUUAUAUUUUGUACACCCUUUACUUACUGUCUUUUCAACGUGAGAAUGAAUGAAUACAUUUUCAAGAACAUUAUUUUCUGCGCUCUUUUCAAAGCUUCAUUAGAAUAGUUGUAUUAUUUUUCCCCCGUCUUAGAUGAAUGUUUCAGACUCAUCCUACACUGAUGAAACCACAAAGCAAACAUUUAGUAUUAAUCACAAUUAGGUGUGUAGCAUAGUAUGCAACAUUAACAGGAGAAAGAAUGUUUCUUCUUGCCAUUUCUUGCUGUUUUUGUAUUUGUUGCGCACAAAUGGGGGACGCAUCUGUGAACCCAUCAGACUGUCCUCUAGUGGUCAAGGAAUAUAAUUCCCUUGAAAGUCAUCUAGGUCCUCCAAAUGAUCAUUUCCAUAAUUGUAUUAGAAGAAGUUGAAGUUAAAACUGAAUUUAACUGAGCCAGCAUCAAUGGUCACAGAGCUUGUGAACCCCAUUUUUGUAGGUCUACAUUCAAUCACUGCAAGACUGGCGGAGACUGCAACCUGCAUCAUAAAGCUUUUUCUAUACAGUGUUAUACAGUGCUAUAUAUGGUGCCCAACAAAAUUAUAUGAAUAUAUAUUUAAAACUAAAACUGUUUUUGCUUUUCAAAGAAAAGACAAGCGUUGUAUAUUCUAAUUUAAAACACAGUGUGCCUUGCAAGGUUGAUUGUAAAUAAAAGUGUAAUAAACUUUUGAUUUAUUAACCUUUUAA